CCAAUGUGGCAACAUCCUUCUGUUUGGUUGUGUUGUGAUUCGGUGUAUGUCGUUAGUGACGAAAAUUUUAUGUGUUAGGAAAUAGGAUUAAAGCAUCUAAUUUAGCAAUGGCAGACUUUGGAGAUGAGAGCACUGUGGCAGUGCCUGCCGUAGUUCCUGCAGCCUUUGUGCCCGAGAUGCCAGAAAUUAAACUGUUUGGAAAAUGGUCUUUGGAGGAAGUUCAGCUCAACGAUAUGUCUCUCCAGGAUUAUAUUGCCGUAAAGAAGAACCACUCGCGGUACCUACCUCACUCAGCUGGCCGGUAUUCUGCCAAGCGUUUCCGCAAGGCUCAGUGCCCCAUCGUCGAGCGUCUCACCAACUCGCUUAUGAUGCACGGCCGCAACAACGGCAAGAAACUCCUGGCUGUCAGGAUCGUCAAACACUCCUUUGAAAUCAUCCACCUUCUUUCUGGAGAGAACCCCGUACAGGUGGUCGUGAACGCCAUCAUCAACAGCGGUCCCCGUGAAGACUCGACUCGUAUUGGUCGUGCCGGUACCGUACGUCGUCAGGCUGUGGACGUCUCUCCCCUGCGUCGUGUCAACCAAGCCAUCUGGCUCCUGACCACCGGCGCACGGGAGGCUGCCUUCAGGAACAUAAAGACCAUCGCUGAAUGUUUAGCUGAUGAACUCAUCAACGCAGCCAAAGGUUCAUCCAACAGCUACGCCAUCAAGAAGAAGGAUGAACUCGAGCGUGUGGCCAAGUCCAACCGUUAAUGUCAAUAAACGGUCCGCUCUGA